UUCUUCGUCUUCUUUCGCUUUAGCUUUCGUUACCAAUCAACUUUACGCCAUGGCCAUCCGUCAAUGUCUUCCCCUCCACAAAUCCUCUGCCCAAAGAUUAGCUGUUUUCGCAGUUCUAAUUGUUUCUCCUCUACGCCUCGUUACUUUCCUUCUCUAAAGGUACUUCCAAAACCUGCUCACACAGACACACACACACACACACACACAUAUAUAUAUAUAUAUAGAGAGAGAGAGAGAGGUGCUGGUUGUACGUGCCUACGUGGUGACAUGUCAGUGACGGCCGGAAUGGGAUGCAUGGUGGCGCUGGGGUGUCUCAGGUGGGCCUGGAAGCGGUGCACCCACACCGGCUCCUAUGACAGCGCCGCCUGGCCCUCCGCCACUCCCGACGAGUUCGGACCCAUCCCCCGCAUUUCCCGCCUCAUCCUCGCUACCUACGAGCCCGACCUCCGGAACCCCCAAUUCCCUCCCGCCGGAGGCUACCAACUCAACCCCGACUGCGUUGUCAAGCGCGUCACGCACGAACAAACCCACGACCACGCACCGCCAUACCUCAUUUACGUCGACCACAAUAACCGGGAGAUCGUGCUCGCCAUACGCGGCCUCAAUUUGGUGAAAGAAAGCGACUACAAGGUUCUGCUCGAUAACCGGCUAGGCAUGCAGAUGUUCGACGGCGGCUAUGUUCAUCACGGGCUCCUGAAGUCCGCGAUUUGGAUGCUGAACGAGGAGUCGGAGACGCUUAGGCGGUUGUGGGUGGAGAAUGGGUCGUCGUACAGGAUGGUUUUCGCGGGACACUCGUUGGGCUCGGGGGUGGCCGCGCUGUUGACGGUUAUCGCCGUGAACCACCUCGACCUGCUCGGCGGCGUUCCCAGAAGUGACGUGCGGUGUUAUAACAUGGCGCCGGUGAGGUGUAUGUCGCUCAAUUUGGCAGUGAAGUACGCCGAUGUUAUACAUUCUGUGAUCUUGCAGGAUGAUUUCUUGCCUAGAACACCAACCCCCUUGGAAGAUAUAUUUCAGUCGAUCUUCUGCCUGCCCUGUUUAUUGUUUGCAGUUUGCUUGAAGGAUACAUUUGUACAGGAUGCUGGGAAGCAUAGAGAUCCUAGAAGACUUUAUGCACCUGGAAGAAUAUAUCAUAUUGUAGAAAGAAAAUUUUGCAGAUGCGGAAGAUAUCCUCCAGAGGUUAGAACUGCAAUCCCAGUGGAUGGAAGAUUUGAACACAUUGUGUUAUCAUGUAACGCUACAUCAGAUCAUGCAAUUAUUUGGAUAGAAAGAGAGGCAGAGAAAGCUCUACAAAUUAUGAGGGCGAAUAAUUCUGAGACCAUGACAACAGCCCCAAAAAUUCAGAAACUUGAGAGGGGGGAGACACUGCAGAAGGAGCACAACGAUGCUCUGGAAAGAGUUGUUAGUUUGAACAUACCUCAUGCUACAAAAGCAAAACCUACUGCCGAAUACGAACCCUCGACAAGUGAUGAAGAAUCCAUAGAGGGUGAAGACACCGGGACCGGAUCUUCUAUUAAGAGAGAGAGGAAACCUAGAUCACUGCCUGCUGGAAGAACAACACAGUGGGACGUAGCCGUUAAGAAGCUCUUAAGGAGAAAUGAGUCAAGUGAGUUGCUUCUGAAGAAAGAAACAGUUUCUCCACGGUAACAACGGCCCUUCUUUGGCUUCUCCUAAUGUUGUUCAAAUGUACAAGUGGUUGUAUGCUUUUGUUUUAGAUGAUAGAUGUUAGAGAUUCUUUUAUUUUGUUCAUUCUUUGUUUACAUUUCGAUCGUACAGGAUCUGUACAUAAUAUAUUACACAGCUUUACUUGCUGUUAUUUUGUA